AAGGAAAAAGAAAGCUACACAAUCGUUCAGGCUCGACGACUCCAGCCAACAAGCCCUGUCCCGGACCCGGCUGGAAUCGAUCGGCAGUUCCUAACCCGCUGCCACCAACCGUCUCCUCUCUUCGUCUCGCCGAGAUAUCUCUGGGGCACGCGUUCUCCUAAAGGUGCGAUCGAUCUUAACUCAAAGAAAAAAAAAAAGGGUGCGAUCAAUCGGUCUUCUGAUUCGUGUUCCCUAGGUUUGUAUGCAUGGCAAAUGCAAGUAAGGUUGCUGAAGGGUCAUCUCUGGCUGACGAAUGGGAUAUGACGUCUCUGACUUCAUCAGUAUACACUUCUCCACUAUUCCAAACAGGAUUUGAUUCAGUUCAUGUCCCAAAAUAUGGGAAUGUGAGUAGUCAGAAGGGGCCAUAUCCUGGAUUAUUUAUAUCAGAUGACUUUGUGUUCCCUCCUAGCGAGCAUGAGAAUUUGCCAAUAGAAUUUGAGGUUGAUGGAUUGAAUAUUGACACAGAGGGUCUGGAUGGUUGCCGUGCUCGGAAUUCCGUUGAGGGCUGUAAUGAACCACACCAAGAAGUUGAUGAUAACAGUGAUGAAAAUCCGUUUCUCAGCAGUGACUUCUCUUGUGUCAAUGAAGCUACUAGCUCCGAUUUAAAACUGUAUGAAAUACAUGGUGAUCAAGUGAAAAACAGUUCAUGUGGCAAGUCUGAUCUUCCUUGUGAAGGAUGGUGGCAAAGGAAAUCGACUCACGUUUUUCACCAUAUAAAGGGAGUGACUACAGUCUCCAUUGUAGCAGCUGGUGCUUUGGUGGGCUUUGUCAUCAUGGGUCAGAGGUGGCAGCAGGACAGAUGGCACCUUCAUCAAUUUCAGUUCAGCUUCAGCGGUGAGAGCAUGAAUCGAGUGAUGGGAUUAUUCAGCCGUUUGAAGGAUGGGCUUCCCGGGAGCCAGCAGCUAAGGUCCCUGCUGCCCACCCGUGUAUUCUCUCAACAACCGCUGAGCGCUUAAGUGAAACAGGUGGCAAAUUUUGAUGGCAAGGACUGCUUUGAUAUAUGAUUUUUAUUUUCUGAUAUGAUUUGUCAUAGUAGCAAAUUCUUUUUGUACAAGUACAACCUUUGAAAUUUAUGCUUUUGUAAAUUUGUGUCCAAACUUUCAUGGUAGGGGAACAUGAUUAUAUGUGCAUGGAGUGUAAAGUUCACAAAAACAGCGCACAUGAACUGGCAGCAGCUACCUGUCUGCUCAAACACUCUUGAGAACUUGGGAAGUUGGGACACACUUUUGAGUU